ACCUGAUCGCCCCGCCAGUGUAUGUGAUGACCACAACCACCAUGGACCGGACAGAGGGCCUUGAGGCGCUCAGCAAUGCCAUAAUGAAGAUUGAGGAGACAAUCCGCAAAGCGGGAGGUGUCUUCACCGUGAAGAGUGCACCCAAGGUGGUGACGGAAACUGACGAGUUGGAACUUGCCAAGCAGCUAGAUCGCCUUGAACAGGAGAAUGCCGAGAUUGACGGAGACGACGAUGAUGAAGAGGCAGAAGCUGGUUCGGGUUCCUCUGGAGCGGAAGACAAUGACAAUGUAGUAAUGGUUGAGGCCUGAGCCGCUAGAGGUCCAGGCAGGAAUAAAGCUAUCUGCUU